GAUUUGUUUCCUAAUUUACUCCAUGCAAGACUUUCCAUAUAUACGAGAUAGCAUUAAGCGUUUGAUUUUUUUCCUAGUUUACUCGCAUUCUUUCUACAGUGACACUUUCUACGCAUACAAUUCAAAUAAAUUAGAUUCGGCAACCAUCUGAUCAAUUUUGAAUCAUUUUUUCUACUUGAACUUAAGACAUGUACAUGUACGUGUUCCUAAUUUCCUUUUACGUAAUAAAAAUAUUUGUUCAUACACACAUACCUGAUACCCAUGUGUACAUAUUAUUAGACCGUGAUACCAGUUGAUGGGUAUCUAAUUAAAAUAUGUACAAGUUGGUGUUGGUAUUAUACUUAAUAAAAAUAUACGCAUACCUACAAUAUUUUAUGUAACAAAAAAUACACACGUACUCGUGGUAUUAUACCUAACAAUAAUAUUCCGGAAUAUACCUAAUGAUAAUAUACCAGUUGGUGGGUAUUAUACCAAUUGUUGGGUAUUAUACCUAAUGAAAAUAUUUAUGGGUGUUGGUAUACCUAAUGAAAAUAUUUAUGUGUUGGGUACAUAUUAUUAGACGAUACCAAUUAUUGGGUAUCAUAUACAAUUAUUUGCGCCUAUGUACUUCAAAAAUAAGUAGAUAUAAUACCUACAUAUUUUUGGGGUAUGUACUCAUGCAUUUCACAUAAAAAUACCCGGGUAUUAUACCUAAUGAAAAUAUUUAUGGGUGUUGGUAUACCUAAUGAAAAUAUUUAUGUGUUGGGUACAUAUUAUUAGACGAUACCAAUUAUUGGGUAUCAUAUACAAUUAUUUGCGCCUAUGUACUUCAAAAAUAAGUAGUUAUAAUACCUACGUAUUUUUGGGGUAUGUACUCAUGCAUUUCACGUCGGGGUAUGUAGUUAUAGGAAAAUACGAUGAGUACGCCCAUACCUAAAAAAUAUCGAGUACUUUCAAUUUUGUGUAUCCAUAGAUAUUUGAAGUAUGCAGUUGAGUAUUAUACCUAACGAAAAUAUUCAUGUAUGGGUGUUAUACCUAAUCAAAAUGUACACAUAGCCGGGUAUUCAUCCAAUAAAAAUAUACACAUACUUAAGAUACGCUUGUGUACAUUUUGGUAAUUCAGUCAAAAUACGAAUCGUGCAUACCGUACUAACUACGAAUAAUUUUUCCUACAUUCCUACGGAGUAUCACAUUAAUUUCUAAUUUCUAUCUCCUGUUAUGUCUAUCAACAUGCAAUGUUGCCAUGCAUGCUACUUUUUUCUUUCCCAUGAAAGGACUCUUGCCAUGUAUGGUGCAUGGAGUCAUAUUUAUGGCUUUUUUUUUGCAGGGUAUAUUUAUGGCAUUCAAUAAAUAUUUAUGCCACAAUUAAUUUGAUCGGAAAUUUGUAAUGGAAUAACCCGUUAACAACAAUACCCGUUACAACAGCACACAUCUAAAUGUGAUCGAGUGGUGGAAAGGCAAGGAGCCUGGACACCUAGGUGCCUCAAACUUAUAUGUGUGCGUGUGUGUGUGAUAGGCCACCCCUUUGAGAGUUGAGCCAGUUCCCCCAAAACCUACGUUUUACAAUCUUACUCAUGCUUGAACUUGCUUUUUCUUUUGUGGAUUUAGUUGUGCGCCGAUCCAUGGCGAAUUUGAUGGCAUGGACGUGAAAGGGGCUAUCGUCGUGUGCUCAAGCGAUCGGGCGGAGGAUUUCGCCCUUACGGCGCAGAACGUGGAGCAAGCCGGGGGAUCCGGGCUCAUCUUCGCGCAGUACACAACAGACACGAUCAGUUCGACGGUGGAUUACUGCUCGGGCAUCGCCUGCGUUAUCGUUGACGCCUACAUAUCCAGGAGGAUAUGCCAGUACACCCGCGACUCAAGGUACCUACAGCGUACCCGACAUUGAAUUUCAUUUUACAAAAUUUAACGAACUGGACCGCCUGAACCUCUUGAUAUGAUUCUUUUGUUCUUUUUUUUUUUUGCAAUAACCAGCUCUCCACAGGCAAAGAUUGAACCAUCAAGCACCGUCACUGGCAAGAAGGUGUUGGCCCCUAAAGUGGCGUCAUUCUCCUCCAGAGGCCCGUUGACUGAUUACCCGGACUUCAUCAAGCCUGACAUAGCUGCGCCCGGAGCCAACAUCUUAGCAGCAGUGGGAGAUUCCUAUGCAACUAUGUCAGGGACGUCCAUGGCAACCCCACACGUAGCAGGAAUCGUCGCGCUGCUCAAAGCUCUCCAUUCAGAUUGGUCUCCUGCUGCAAUAAAAUCAGCCAUCAUCACCACCGGUAGAACAUGCAAUUCCUAGAUAGACUAGAUCAUCCUCUUGUGAUGUUUACUUACUUGUGUUUUGUUGGUUUUGCUUCCAUGGUACAAUGAAGCCCAUAUAACCGAUGAACGUGGCAUGCCCAUAUCGGCGGAAGGACUGCCGCGGAAGGUCGCCGACCCGUUCGACUAUGGAGGUGGGAACAUCAACCCUGGCGGGGCAGCUCAUCCAGGCCUAAUUUACGACAUCGAGCCACAAGAUUAUAACAAAUUCUUCCGAUGCGCCAUCAUCAAGAAGGGGCCAUCGACGCUUGCGAUAUGCAACAACACUGCUAUGCUACCAGCAUAUAACCUCAACAUGUCGUCCAUCUCGGUUCCUGAUUUGAGGGGUCCGAUCACCGUCACGAGGACGGUGACCAAUGUCGGCGAGGUCCAUUCUAUGUAUCAUGUUGUAGUCCAGAGCCCUGCCGGUGUCAAGAUGGAGGUUUGCCCGCCUGUUCUUGUGUUCGAUGAUGCGAACAAAGUCCGGAAAUAUGACGUGAAGUUGUCACCUAUGUGGAACUUGCAAGGGGACUACACGUUUGGCAGUGUUACUUGGCAGAACGACCGACAAGCAGUGAGGAUUCCAGUUGCAGCUCGGAUUACAAUUCAGGAUUUCUACGCGGGUGUUGCAUGAUGAUAAAAAAAAAAUCCCAUCUCCAUGAUUAAAAUAAAAAUCAGACCCACAUGAUACCGACUAGGAAACCAUGUCACUUGACAUGUGGGCCCUCUAUCUAUAUAUAUCUUUCUCGCUCUUGACAUUUUGUGUUUCCUAGAGUAUAAACGGUGUUGUCGUCCUUUUAUCGUUGUGUGUGUAAGUAUGUAUUGGUUGUGUGCAUUCUAGUUAUACAAAGACUAGGUGUACGCGUGUUAUGCUUUUUAUCCCUUGAUGCUACAUUACAAUUUAAUAAAA